GACAUCCCAACCUUGCGGGGCGAUUAAAUAGCCUCGGAAUCAACCUGAAUAGUCGAUACGAACGAGCUGGACAGAUGGACGAUCUCGAAGAGGCGAUCCGACUCUCUCGCCAGGCGGUUGCGGCCACUCCUGAUGGACAUCCCAACCUUGCGGGGCGAUUAAAUAGCCUCGGAAUCAACCUGAAUAGUCGAUACGAACGAACUGGACAGAUGGACGAUCUCGAAGAGG